CGACGCAAAUAUACAGGGAUACUCUAUCGAGGGCAAAUGAGAGCUCAUCGGCUAGUAGUAGUAUACAUCUUGACUCGAUCUUGACUCUUGACUCGAUAUAUUUUUUUUAUAGUGAUAUCUUUUUCCUUCCUUGAUGCAGAAAAUAUAUUUUGUUUAUCAUAUAUCCACGUAGCUCUCUCGCCCCACACCCUCACCCUAUUCUACUACGGUACACCCUCCCUCUUCCACUGCACAUAGAUGUAAUGUUGGUAUCAGCGUUUUUUCCAAUAACCGAUGUCUGUGUGCAUCCCGCCUCCCUGCGCUCUCAAAUAGAUGGUGCAAGUCAAAAUGUCCAAAUCGUCCGCAGACCCACUGCCUGGUGUCGAAACAGGCUCACAGUCUCACAAUUUUCAGCUGCCCAGGAAGUUGCCUAAGAGGAAAAGUCGGUUCAAACGUUCGGAUGGCAGUACGUCCUCAGACACCACCUCCAGCUUCAUCAAAAGACAGGAGUCGGCUGAUUCGUACACCAGUAGACCGUCGGACUCCGACCUGUCAGCGGAGGAGGACCGCGAGGCGUAUCGGCGUGAAGCCGAGCGCCAGGCCCAGCUCCAGCUCGACAGAGCUAAGUCUAAACCUGUAGCGUUUGCGGUGAAGACCAACGUGGCUUUCUGUGGGGCUCUGGAUGAGGACUGUCCCGUUCAAGGAGCUGCAAUCAACUUCGAAGCCAAAGACUUCCUGCACAUUAAGGAGAAGUACAACAAUGAUUGGUGGAUUGGUCGUCUGGUGAAGGAGGGGGCAGACAUCACCUUCAUCCCCAGCCCUUUACGCCUGGAGGCUAUGAGACUCAAACACGAGCAAAGGAAAAGAGGGGGGAACUCUUCCUCCAGCCUGGGUGACAUGGUGUCUGGGAGCUGGAGGACAACGCCACCAUCUGGUGACAAACCGAAGCAAAAGCAGGAACACAUUCCUCCGUAUGACGUGGUCCCGUCUAUGCGGCCGGUGGUCUUAGUGGGGCCGUCACUGAAGGGGUAUGAGGUGACAGAUAUGAUGCAGAAAGCUCUGUUUGACUUCCUGAAACACAGGUUCGACGGAAGAAUCUCCAUCACACGCGUUACGGCAGACCUAUCUCUGGCCAAGAGAUCUGUGCUCAACAAGAGGCCAAUCAUGGAGAGAUCCAAUACUCGCUCCAGCCUGGCCGAGGUCCAGAGUGAGAUAGAGAGGAUAUUUGAGCUGGCCAAAACCCUCCAGCUGGUGGUUCUGGAUGCAGACACCAUCAACCACCCGGCCCAGCUAGCCAAGACUUCCUUGGCCCCUAUCAUCGUAUACGUCAAAGUGUCCUCGCCAAAGGUGCUCCAGAGGCUGAUCAAGUCCCGGGGGAAGUCUCAGAGCAAACACCUGAACGUGCAGAUGAUGGCCGGAGACAAACUGUCUCAAUGCCCCCCUGAGAUGUUUGAUGUCAUUUUGGAUGAGAACCAAUUGGAGGAUGCGUGUGAGCACUUGGCUGAAUACCUAGAGGUGUACUGGCGCGCCACUCAUCUUCCCGACACCACCCCCAUCAACCCGCUAUUAGAGCAGAACCUCAUGACCCCGCCCUCAGCCAACUCUAGCCUACAGACCCAGAAUAAGAACCAGCCACCAGUGCAGCACAGCAGUGUGGGGGUGGAGGGUGAGGAGGUGGAGGCCCACUCCCCUCUGGAGCAGGACAGCCUGAUGCCGUCUGAAGAAGGCAGCGACUCCCUGUCCCGCGGCCUCCUUGGGGGCCCACGCCUCCGGGGGGACGAGGAGGACGAAGAGCUGGUGGAGGAAUUAGAAGAGGAACUAGAUGAGGAGGAUGAGUUUGAGUCCCCUUGCCAUGCCCAAACUUACAGGGACAGGUACCCCCCUCACCGCGGUCACCGAGGGGGCGUCCACAGCACCAACGGGCAUGAAUCACAGGACAGGCUGCUCCAGCGCGAUGCCCAGCAGGGGCACAACCAGCGCAACAACUGCCAACGCAGCCGCCCCUGGCCCCGAGACAACUACUGACAUUUCUAACAUACCCUGGCCCCAAGACAACUACUGACAUUUCUAGCAUACCACUGGCCCCGAGACAACUACUGACAUCUCUAACGUACCCCUGGCCCCAAGACAACUACUGACAUCUCUAACAUACCACUGGCCCCGAGACAAUUACAGACAUCUCUAACGUACCACUGGCCCCAAGACAACUACUGACAUCUCUAACGUACCCCUGGCCCCAAGACAACUACUGACAUCUCUAAAGUACCCCUGGCCCCAAGACAACUACUGAGAUCUCUAAAGUACCCCUGGCCCCAAGACAACUACUGACAUCUCUAACGUACCCCUGGCCCCAAGACAACUACUGACAUCUCUAAAGUACCCCUGGCCCCAAGACAACUACUGAGAUCUCUAAAGUACCCCUGGCCCCAAGACAACUACUGAGAUCUCUAAAGUACCCCUGGCCCCAAGACAACUACUGACAUCUCUAAAGUACCCCUGGCCCCAAGACAACUACUGAGAUCUCUAAAGUACCCCUGGCCCCAAGACAACUACUGACAUCUCUAACGUACCACCGGCCCCAAGACAACUACUGACAUCUCUAACGUACCCCUGGCCCCAAGACAACUACUGACAUCUCUAACGUACCCCUGGCCCCAAGACAACUACUGACAUCUCUAACGUACCACCGGCCCCAAGACAACUACUGACAUCUCUAACGUACCACCGGCCCCAAGACAACUACUGACAUCUCUAACGUACCCCUGGCCCCAGACAACUACUGACAUCUCUAAUGUACCACUGGCCCCAAGACAACUAGCUAUACCCAAACUACAAUUUUGGCCACAAGACACCCACUUGUACACAAUAAGUGUGCUCCUUGUCCCCAACCACUCACCCUAACUAUGGAAACAAUGUAGUACCAAUUAUCCCCAAAACAAUUACUGAUUGCUGUGCACAUUACCACCUUCUACAAUCACACACUUCCAGGCUUACGGUUUUACUCAUUCUGAUUAGCUGGUGUCAUGUUAAUCAGAUAAAAGGCUAUACGUCAACAGGGCUACUCACCUCCACAAUAGCAAGCUAUAACUACUGGCUGUAGGUCAAGUCAAAUGUUAAGAUUCUUUGCAUAAGGUUUCUCUAUUUUAGAAUGACACAUUUACUGGCCUUAAAUCCCUAAGACGUUUAUGUAUCUUUAUUAUUGCAUGUAUGAUUAUUUUAGGACUAUUUGCACAUUAUGGUCAGAACAGGAACCAUAGGCUCUUUCUGGAUAAACAAAAGUAGGAAUGUCUACAUUUUACUUAUCUGCUAUGGGAAAUAGUAAUGCAUCCGAAUAUAUAUUGUACAUAUUGAAUGGGCACCUGGUUAUAAUCAACUUGGUCUCAGAGCAUUUAGUAUUAUUCUGUAUGUAAAUCCUGGACACUCAAUUAAGUAUAUGUUACGUUUCAUAUGGUAUGUACUAAUUUGUGAAUGUCAAUCAGUCAUUUCAUAUGAUAUGUCAAUUACAAUUCAUAUGAUAUGUUACAAAUCUGCAAAAUGUACAAUAUGUUGGGAAUUGGCAAAACGUACAAUAUGUUACGGAAUUUGCUAUACGUAUAAUAUGUUACGAAUUCCAAUUAGUUGUGGCUAACGUUAGCUAGGUGGCUAACGUUAGCUACACUAGGGGUUAGGGUUAGGAGAUAGGUUAAUGGGUUAGGGGAAGGGUUAGCUAAAUGAGUUAAGGUUAGGCUUAUUUUUCAAGUAAGGGUUAGCUAAGUAGUUGCAAAGUAGCUAAAAAGUAGUAGUUGCUAAUUAGCUAAAAUUGCCAGUGAUGAGAUUCACGCAACCUUAGGGUUGCUAGACAUUCGCGUUAUACUCCCACUCAUCCACUCUGCUCAAUCACUCAUCGUUUUUUGCCUUUAGUAACCUUCUCUCUUAUGUAACCAUACCAAACAUAACAUACUAAUUUGAGUGUCCUGGAUUUACAUUGACUAUGUUAUGUCUAUGUCUAUGAGACCAGGCUGUUAUAAGUAUUUAUAUUUUGGGGUUUAUUUAAUUUUGUCAGUAUGGACUUCUUCCUGAUUUCAGUUCAGAUAGUUUUUACUGAGAAGAUGCUGAAUGUUUUGGGAGAGGCACAGGUACGCAGGCCUCGAUACGGUGAUCUGUAUGUUAGUGCCGUAAAGCUGCAGUAUAUUCACAUAUCUUGUUUAUGUCAUUACACAUAUCACACAGAAUAUCACCAUGAGUUAUGAAGGGAAUGUAACAAAUCAAUAUUACUCUUAACACACACACACACAGACAAGCAAACAACAGUGGAGGCUGCUGAGGGGAGGACGGCUCAUAAUAAUGGCUGGAAAGGAGCAAAUGGAAUGGCAUCAAACACAUGGAAACAUUAAGGUGCCACCAACUUCCUGUGGCACACAGAGGCACAUGCAAGCAGACACACACACACACAAAUUCAGGCAUCAAAAUAAUGCAAUAUCGCAUGCCUUUUUUACGACUCCAGCUGCCCCUAGUGGUGGGCUGAUCUCACUCCUUCCUCUGAUUGUCCUCCAGUUGUGGAGCACAUUUUUUUAUUGUAGCAUCCGCACAACGUCCCUUUCACACUCACUUAUAUGAGUCUCCAAACACCAGGCAAAAGAGAGAGAGAGCACUUCAUAUACCAAGCACAACCUAUUCAGGCUGUUUGGAAGUGUUGUCAGACACAUUCAGCACAUAGCAUCUCCUCUGAACCCCUUUGUUUGAACUGUGUCUAUACUGUAUGUGUACUGCAGUUUUACUGUCAACCUCACGAAGCAGAUCCACAAGUCUACCUACAUCGGAAGGUUUUUGAUCCAACCAAUCACUUAUUCGUGCUCAACUGAUCACUACAUUCAUUGGCUAAUUAUGUGUUUAGAACUUGUGAUGUGGUCUCCUGGAUUUCUAAAGGACUCACAGCUAUAGCAACUGUGACAUGAUACCAUAUACCUGCAUGGUUAGUCUAUGAACCGAUCAGUUGGGCAUAUUGUGGAACAAAGAUCUGCAUGAACAGGGUCCCUGCGGACCAAGUAUGGGGACUAACUGGUCUACUGCUUCCAUGUCUAAUAGGCAACUUUAAAGUGUUCUGUAUUAUUUGAAAAAUCACAGCAUGAUUGAAAAAAAAUAAGAAAAUAAUUCUAUGCAAGUGUUGCAUGAAACCUGAUUGUUUCUUUUUGCAGUUCUUCUACACUUUUAAUGCAUCGAUUCCGAUUCUCCUCGUUAUUUAGUAAUAUUCUUGUCGACGAUUCUGUUUGUAAAAAGGCAGUCACUCCUCUGAGUUACAAAUUAACCACAAUUAACCAUUUCAAAAGCAGAAUGCAUCUCAAAUAUGGAGUAACCUGACUAUAACGGAGAAUAAUGAAACAUAGAUUAAAAUUACAACAUUAAUGAAUAAGGAAACAGAAAAGGGAAAACUGUUGAGUAUUUUCUUCCCCCAUGAUUCUCUCUCUUAACGAUACAAACAAAAAGGCUGAUUUUUUGUUAAUUGCACAAAAUGUUUUACUUUAUGUGUGGAUUGAGCACAGUUUGGAUUGGCUCUGAAGCUAUUUAUUCCCACCUGUUCCUCGAUGACCUAUCAGAGAGGGAUUGAGCGACUUGCUAAAUGCAGCCUUGCAAGUCUUCGCUCACUUAAGAGAUUUUCACUGUACUUUGGAGGAAUGUGACUUUCAAAGCGGACCAAUGUAGUAAUUGACAAAAGGUUUUUCGAUUUAUGAAGCACAAUUUAUACAAGGGUUAUAGUUUAGUUUCCUGUCUUAUAUUCUGUAUGCAAUACAAAGCCUAACAUUGAAAGAGUUAAAAACGCCUUAACCCUUCUGAACUUCCUCUUUUUUUGUGUAAGUAGAAGAAAAACCCAUUGCACUAAUUUUUUUUUUUUUUUGAUGGUUGCUUUGUAAUGCAAUAACUGCACUAAAUUAUAACCAUGUAUUAUCUAUUCACCGGACUCAGUGUGUUAGCGUGACCCGACGCUCCUUUCCUGCCUGUCGCUGUAUAGAAUGCUUUCUAUUUAAGAAUAUAUUAGUAAAAAGUCAAAGUAAAAUAAAAACAUUACAUUUUAUGUACUUUU